AUGGCGGGCGGGUUCGGGCCGACUGGGGUGGAACGGGCCGGCGAGUAUAAGGGAAAGGUCACACCUUAUGUGAUAAUUGCCUGCCUUGUUGCUGCUAUUGGGGGAUCACUCUUUGGCUAUGAUAUUGGGAUAUCAGGUGGAGUCACAUCAAUGGAUGGAUUUCUCGAGAAAUUCUUCCCGACCGUGUACAGAAGCAAAAUGCACGCGCACGAGAACAAUUACUGCAAGUACAACAAUCAAGGCCUCGCAGCCUUCACGUCUUCUCUUUAUCUAGCUGGCUUGGUGGCCUCACUGUUGGCGUCUCCAAUCACAAGGAAAUACGGCAGACGAGGGAGUAUCAUAUGUGGCGGCAUAAGUUUCGUCAUAGGAGCAACUCUCGACGCCUCGGCAGUUAAUCUCGCCAUGCUCAUUCUCGGCCGUAUUAUGCUUGGCGUAGGCAUCGGCUUCGGCAAUCAGGCAGUACCGUUGUAUUUAUCAGAAAUGGCACCGACCCACAUAAGGGGAGCCCUCAACAUGAUGUUCCAGCUGGCGACCACGCUCGGGAUAUUCACCGCAAACAUGAUAAACUACGGGACCCAGAAGCUCGAGCCGUGGGGCUGGCGGCUCUCGCUGGGGCUGGCGGCGGUGCCAGCUGUCCUGAUGACAGCUGGCGGGCUCCUGCUGCCCGAGACCCCCAACAGCUUGAUCGAACAAGGGUUCGAGUCUAAGGGGAAAAGGGUGCUGGAGAAAAUCAGGGGCACGGCCGACGUGCAUGCCGAGCUGCAGGACAUAGUCGACGCGAGCGAGCUGGCGAAAUCGGUCGAGCAUCCUUUCAGGAACAUUCUGGAGAGGAGGAACAGGCCACAGCUGGCGAUGGCGGUCUUCAUGCCGACUUUUCAGAUUCUGACGGGGAUUAACUCGAUUUUGUUCUACGCUCCCGUGCUUUUCCAGAGCAUGGGGUUCAAGGGGAAUGCAUCUUUGUACUCGUCGGCCGUGACAGGUGCUGUGUUGGCACUGUCGACCUUCAUUUCGAUUGCGACUGUUGACAAAGUGGGCCGGAGGGCUUUGCUGAUUACAGGAGGAAUACAGAUGGUUAUUUGUCAGAUCAUAGUCUCUAUCAUAUUGGGGCUGAAAUUCAACAGCAACCAGGAACUUUCUAGAACUUACUCGAUACUAGUGGUGAUCGUCAUCUGCCUGUUUGUGACGGCUUUCGGAUGGUCAUGGGGCCCGCUCGGGUGGACUAUACCUAGCGAGAUAUUCUCGUUAGAGACGAGGUCGGCGGGCCAGAGUAUAACUGUGGCAGUCAACCUCUUCUUCACCUUUGUAAUCGGGCAGGUUUUCCUCUCCCUCUUGUGUGCGUUCAAGUUCGGGAUUUUCCUCUUCUUUGCCGGCUGGAUCACGAUCAUGACAGUUUUUGUCUACUUCUUCUUACCCGAGACAAAAGGGGUUCCCAUAGAGGAGAUGGUUUUCCUGUGGAAAAAACACUGGUUCUGGAGAAAGGUUGUGCUCUGA